AUGGCUGUGGGGUUCGUCCUGGGAAAUACAUCAUCCUCGUCCGAGGUAAAUGGUGGCGGGGUGAAGAGCAUGCAAGGUAGUGAGAUGGAUAUCGAUGAACCGGGCAAAAAGGCAGUGGAAAACUUAAAUGGACCAGAGACAUUAUCCAACACGCUAGAAAGUCAUGAGAAUACGUCGCUGCCGAAUCGUCGCAAACGGUUAUUAAUAUCCACCGACAGCGAAUUCGUCGAUAACGUUCUACCUUCGUUAGUAGAACAUCCUGGAAUUGAACUCCGAUUCAUCACCGAUGAGCCAUCCGCACUGCUAUCCGGUACAAACAAGGUACCCCAUUAUAUGGACACGGUGCAUAGCAAGACCUUUGAGAAGGAAAUCGGAGCACGGAGAUGGCUGAAGGCCAAAGCUGCAGAGCUCUGCGAAUGGGCCGAUAUGUUAUUGGUCGCGCCUGUUGAUGCGGGAACAUUGGGUUCUAUGUUGUCAGGCCUCACUAACACGCUGACCCUGGCCUUGUUACGUGGUUGGAUGUCAACGAAGCCUGUUCUGCUCAUUCCGGGCAUGACAAUAUCAGAAUGGGAACACCCAUUGACCGAAAGACAAUGCCAGGAGGUUCAUCGUUUCUGGCCAUGGAUCAAAAUCAUCUCCCCGGUCUUAUGGAAACUCAAUGCGCCCGAAGAGCUGGUACAACUACCUUGGGCUGGGCUGGAGCAACUGCACGACAUGCUUGAAGAAACCCUAAUGCUAUCCCUGGCGCAAGACGCAGAAGACAAUACCAAGGCGCUCGAACCUACGACGCAAGCUAUUGUUCCCCUAGAAAAUACUAUACCGUCAAAUGCGGCGCCAAUUCCCUCGCAAGCAUCACUUAGAUCCAGUGUGCCGGAAACCAAAGGAAUUCCCUUCCUACCAUUGGAAUUAUGGCUGAACAUUUUUGAAGAUCAUCUUCAUGAUUGGGAAAUCGCCAAAGCAGUCGGCAUCCCAGCGAAACUUCCAGUUCCCAAGGAAUGGCAAAGCCACCUUUUAAAGAUGUCAGCUCCUGCUUCUCUGGAAUAUACUAUUCUUCGGGGAUCGUUCGCCGCUAUCAAGAAGCGCAUUGAUAGCCUACCACGGUGGAAGCCACUGUCCGACCUGGCAUGCCAUCUCAUCUUCAAAUUCUCACGCACCGAUAUCCUCUCCUAUCUUACUGAAAAUCACCUUGAUCUCCUUUGGACAACGUCACGCCUUACAAAUAUUCCUUACCGCGCAUCAGCUAUCUAUAGAAACCCCAAGAUUUUGACAUGGUGGCGAGACGCACCAGCUCUCCCGAACAAAGAAUACAUUGCAGAUGCCAUGGACGGCGCCUCUCGUGCUGGGUUUAUCGACGUUCUAGAGUGGUGGCGCAAUUCGGGCCUUGAACUUCGAUACACCGAGAGGGCAUUGGAAUCUGCCAGUGCUGAAGGACGUGUUGAUGUCCUUGACUGGUGGAAGAAGGCCGCGAAGGCCAGCUCUUUGAGCCGACCAAUUCCGCUGAAAGUAGGGAAAUCUGUUCUACUCGCAGCCCAGUCCGGGCGAACAGCUUCCCUUGCUUGGUGGGAUGCAUCGGGUAUCCCGUAUACACACGCAGAAUCAGUUGCAAGGAUUGCUAGCACACACGGGCACGUCCACGUUCUUGACUUUUGGUACAAGCUGAAAGGCUCAAAGAUGAUUUUCGACUGCCAGGUCCUAGUCGGGCCAACCAAGAACGGGCACGACAAUGUUCUCGAGUGGUGGCGUCGGAGCGGUCUUCGCGUCGAAUUCAAGACGUGUGACAUUGAAGAGGCCCUCGAAGAUGCCGAUCCAGUCUCUGGUGCUGAAGAACGGGUCCGGCGCUGGUGGGCUCACAACGGUCUCAACCUUGGUGUUGGGACAAGCGAAUGGAUGAAGACAAAGGUUCUAUAG